UCAGUGUUGGGUGAAAGGUUGAGCCAGGAAAAGAGGCGGGGCUACGCGCACACUCGCGGGGACGGUCGGAACGGUCUGAGGCCCAUGUGGAGUGGCAGCAGAAGCAGCCUGACUGCCACAUCUGGAUCGAGAUCUUGGGCCCUCAGCAGCUAUGAAGGGUAGCCGGAUCGAGUUGGGUGAUGUAACACCACACAACAUUAAGCAGUUGAAGAGGUUAAACCAAGUCAUCUUUCCUGUCAGCUACAAUGACAAGUUCUACAAGGAUGUGUUAGAAGUCGGCGAGCUUGCCAAACUGGCCUAUUUCAAUGAUAUUGCUGUGGGCGCAGUGUGCUGUAGAGUAGAUCAUUCUCAGAAUCAGAAAAGACUGUACAUCAUGACGCUUGGAUGUCUGGCCCCUUACCGACGGUUAGGAAUAGGAACUAAAAUGUUGAAUCAUGUGUUAAACAUCUGUGAAAAAGAUGGCACCUUUGAUAAUAUCUAUCUGCAUGUUCAGAUUAGCAAUGAAUCAGCAAUUGAUUUCUACCGAAAAUUUGGAUUUGAGAUCAUUGAAACAAAGAAGAACUACUACAAAAGGAUAGAACCAGCAGAUGCGCAUGUGCUGCAGAAAAGUCUCAAAGUCCCCUGUCUUGGCCAGAACACAGAUAUGCAAAAAUCUGACAACUGAGCAAAACCCAGGAAACCCUUUCUUGCACUUUCUUGUCACCAAAUAAGGAAAGAAGGCCUGGAGUUUUGGUUUUUUGUUUCCUUUUUCCUAAUACGUGCUGUACCUGUCCAACAAAUUAAUAACUUCCUAAGGAUUGUCAAAUUGUGUGUUUUUAUUUUAUAUCUCUACUUUGCAUUCUUUGGGAUAAAAGAGUUUUAAUGGGGGAGGAGGGAGUGGAGGCUUCAUAUGGUCUUCCAAAGGUCAAUUUUUUUCUUCAGCAUGUGUGAUCCUUCUGCUUUUCUGAUGAAGGACAAAGUUUAAGCAAUACCUUGCAUCAGUGCCAUAUUGCUUUUCCUAUUUGGAAGUUAUUUCUCUCUAGUUCUGAACUUGAUUUAGCAGGUUUGGCCUUGUUGAUCUUUGGAACAUACACAGACAUCAGUCUUAUGAAUGGUUUAUUUGUACUAGGUUUGGCCAGCUGAUGUCAUGUUCCUUGACAGGUGUAGGUGACAAUCCAAAUGGGUUAUACCAUCUUUCUUUCAUCCUCUGAUUAUAUACAUUUCAUGGGGAAAGAUGAACAUGCCUUGGUUCUGGCACAGUGGAGGAACAAACAUUUAAUGUUGUUAAAGCAGGUGACUAAAAAAAUAAGCUUUGUUCUGAAAAUGGCUCUGCUGGUUUGCUGAAAUUAGCUACUUAAAACAGAAGAUGGUUAAAACUAUUUUUCUUACACAUUUAAAGAAUGACUUUCAUCUUUACAAAAGGAGUGUUGUAAAACACCAAGAAGCAUGGCUUAUUGGGGGAGCAUUGUAAAGAUUCAGCAAAUACCUGGCAUUCUCCUAACGACAUAUGAGAACUGUAGCCUACUUUGCUGAGCUCUUGCUUUGUAUUUUGUUAUGCUCUUGUUUGCAACUUCAGUUUGAGUACCUGGCAUUCAGUACUACAAUGUCAGAUUCAGUUUAUUCUUUUCAUUUGGGGAAAUGUAGCCAGUUGCAGUGGAAAGAUUCUACCCUAUCACUUAAAUCAAUA